UUGAAUUUUGUAAAUUUUCCCGUUAAAAGGGAACCUAACAAACGAGCUGGCGUUUUAUUUAAUUUUCUUUUUGAUUCCUUUUCAUUUUAUAAACCAAAUUUUCUUUUUGAUUCCUUCCUCCCUCUUCCCUUUCUGUUCAGAAACCGCCUAUCCCAAAUUUUCCGGCCAUUUUUUAGAUCUGUUGAUACAUUCACUUUAAUCUUGGUCAUGUGCCACCAAAAUUCAUGCUUGCAUUUGUCUGCAGAGGAAACAGAUACAGCUGUAGAUAAUCUAUUAAUAUAUUGCAAGCCUGUUGAGUUAUACAAUAUUCUUCAUCGCCGUGCUUUACACAAUCCUUCAUUUCUUCGAAGAUGUCUGAAAUACAAAAUUCAGGUGAGGCGUAAAAAGAGGUUGAGGGCUGGAAUUGUAAUUUUCAACUAUAAGGAUUAUGGCAAUAUGCUACAAAAGACUGAAGUAACUGAAGAUUUCUCUUGUCCCUUUUGCUUGAUGCAAUGUGCAAGCUUUAAGGGUCUGCGGUAUCACUUGUGCACUUCACAUGAUUUAUUCAACUUUGACUUCUGGGUAACAGAGGAGUAUCAAGCAGUGAAUGUCUCAGUGAAAAUUGAUUCAUUGAUAUCUGAGACUUUGGCAAAUGGAGUAGACCCACGAGGAGAAACUUUCUGCUUCUGGAAUUGCAUGUGCAGCUCAAAACCUCGAAGGCGUAGGUCUACAAGCCCUCUGCAGAGUGCGAAGAAUGUUGUACAAUUUUUGGAGAUGGACUCGCCCAAUAUGGUCAGUGAAAGCAGGCAGAAUGGAUUUCUGGAGAAUGAUGAUGGUGAGAGGGCUUCCAAGUCAAUUCCCAUUGAUAAAGAUGUGCAGAACGGAUGGCAUGGUCUGGAAAAUUAUAUAUCUGAUUAUGCUAGUACAACUGAGUGUCUUGCACGGGUCGCAACUAGUUGUGAUGGUCCAGGAGUUUCAAUUGCUAUGGCUCAUUCUUCUCUGGACCCUGAUUGUAUUAAAACAUUAUCUGUAACUGAUACAGCUGCUCCUCCUGCCAAAACAAGGAAAAUAGUGGCAGAACGAUCUGAUUCUAGGAACCGCAUGCUCCUGCUGAAACGCCAAUUCUUUCACUCACACCGAGUUCAGCGGAUGGCAAUGCACCAAGUAACGUCUGAUAGAGACAGUGAAGACGAAGUUGAUGAUGACAUUGCUGAUCUUGAAGAUCGCAGGAUGCUUGAUGAUUUUGUGGAUGUUAGCAAAGAUGAGAAGCAGCUUAUGCAUAUUUGGAACUCAUUUGUUAGAAAGCAAAGGGUUCUGGCUGAUGGUCACGUUUCGUGGGCAUGUGAGGCUUUCUCUAAACUCCAUGGGCCGGACUUGGUCCAAGCACCUGCUCUGUUUUGGUGCUGGAGGUUAUUCAUGAUAAAGCUUUGGAAUCAUGGUCUGCUUGAUGCCUGCGCAAUGAACAACUGUAACCUGAUACUUCAAGGAUGCCAAAAUGAGGGAUCAGAUGCUACGAAAAGCUGAAAUACUAUUAAGCAUAAAAUGGUGUCUACACGAUUUGUUUUUACUCUGAUCGAUCCCAUUAUUUCCAUGAUUCGAUCACAAUAUUCUUCAACUUAGCUGGAAAUUGAUUCUUAAACAAUUCUUUCUCCGGGUAACUAAAUGCUUCCUUUCUCAUUAUUGUAAUAGCAUUACCUUAAAAUAUUCAACACUGGCAUUAGGUUCACUUUUCUAAGAAGUAAACUGAUUUCAGUCUA